CUGAGAGUGUGGGGAAGCUGGUCCAGGUUCCAAGGUGUCCAGGGAAGUUGAAGUACGGCCUAGAGGGCAGGCUGAGGAGAAGAUAAAAUCAAGGACUUGCUAAGCCAGGAUGCAGUGGAUAGCCUGACGAAGCUGGUUCUCGUGAAUGCCGCUUACUUCAAGGGCAGCUGGAACACGCAGUUUAAGGAGGAGAUGACUGCUGAUGCGCAGUUUCGACUGAACAAGAACGACACUAAGGCGGUGAAGAUGAUGCACCAGAAAAGUAAAUUUCCUUUUGCGACCAUUCCUGAGGCCGACUGCAAGAUUCUUGAGAUGCCGUAUAAAGGAAAUGACCUCAGCAUGCUCAUAUUCCUGCCUAAUGACAUAGAAGAUGAUGCCACAGGCUUGGAAAAGCUGGAGAAGGAGCUGACCUAUAAGAACUUUGUGGACUGGACUCGCCCAGACAUGAUGAGCCCCAACGAGGUUGAUGUCAAGCUCCCUCGAUUUAAGAUGGAGGAGAAGUAUGACUUGGAGAAAAUCCUGACCAAAAUGGGAAUGGAGAACGCUUUUGACAUCUACAAGAGUGACUUCUCUGGAAUGUCUCCAGCAAAUGACCUGAUAGUGUCCAAAGUUGUCCACAAGGCUUUCGUGGAUGUAAAUGAAGAAGGAACUGAGGCUGCUGCUGCCACUGGGGUUGACAUGGAAGUCCGCUCUAUAACAAUUCCCGUUGAGUUUGUUGCCGACCAUCCCUUCAUCUUCUUCAUCCGACAUAAACCCACCAAGAGCAUUCUCUUUGUGGGCCGGUACUGCUCACCCGAGUAA